AUGGCCAGUGGUGCAAUUUUUCCAGGGAGCGCAAUGGCCAGUGGUGCAAUUGUUCCAGGGAGGGCAAUGGCCAGUGGUGCAAUUUUUCCAGGGAGCGCAAUGGCCAAUUGUUCCAGGGAGCGCAAUGGCCAGUGGUGCAAUUGUUCCAGGGAGCGCAAUGGCCAGUGGUGCAAUUGUUCCAGCGAGCGCAAUGGCCAGUGGUGCAAUUGUUCCAGGGAGCGCAAUGGCCAGUGGUACAAUUGUUCCAGGGAGGGCAAUGGCCAGUGGUGCAAUUGUUCCAGCGAGCGCAAUGGCCAGUGGUGCAAUUGUUCCAGGGAGCGCAAUGGCCAGUGGUACAAUUGUUCCAGGGAGGGCAAUGGCCAGUGGUGCAAUUGUUCCAGGGAGGGCAAUGGCCAGUGGUGCAAUUGUUCCAGGGAGCACAAUGGCCAGUGGUGCAAUUUUUCCAGGGAGCGCAAUGGCCAGUGGUGCAAUUGUUCCAGCGAGCGCAAUGGCCAGUGGUGCAAUUGUUCCAGGGAGCGCAAUGGCCAGUGGUGCAAUUGUUCCAGCGAGCGCAAUGGCCAGUGGUGCAAUUGUUCCAGCGAGCGCAAUGGCCAGUGGUGCAAUUUUUCCAGGGAGCGCAAUGGCCAGUGGUGCAAUUGUUCCAGGGAGCGCAAUGGCCAGUGGUGCAAUUGUUCCAGGGAGCGCAAUGGCCAGUGGUGCUAUUGUUCCAGGGAGCGCAAUGGCCAGUGGUACAAUUGUUCCAGGGAGGGCAAUGGCCAGUGGUGCUAUUGUUCCAGGGAGCGCAAUGGCCAGUGGUACAAUUGUUCCAGGGAGGGCAAUGGCCAGUGGUGCAAUUGUUCCAGGGAGGGCAAUGGCCAGUGGUGCAAUUGUUCCAGGGAGCGCAAUGGCCAGUGGUGCAAUUGUUCCAGGGAGCGCAAUGGCCAGUGGUGCAAUUGCUGCGCAUUUUCAACACUGUCGCCUGCCAGAGCAAGGCCUGACCCACACUAA